UUUUUAAGAUGAUGGCAUUUGAGCUAUGAUACAACUCAAAGAAGAAUCAAUGAAUCACUUUGACUUUGUCCCGUUGACUCGGGACAACGCGUGCAACGACAUGGGCAAAAUGCUGCAAUUCGUGCUGCCCGUGGCCACGCAGAUUCAGCAGGAGGUUAUCAAGGCCUAUGGCUUCAGCUGCGACGGGGAAGGUGUCCUAAAGUUUGCCCGCUUGGUCAAGUCUUACGAAGCCCAGGAUCCUGAGAUUGCUAGCUUGUACGGCAAGCUGAAGGCACUGUCCCUGCCCCCCAUGAUAUUGCCUCCCCACGGACCUGCUUCUGGCGGCAGUGUGGCUGCCUCCUGAGGGUCGGCCAUCCCACGCAGGGAAGACCUUAAUGUUCCAGAGGAUAAUAAACGUGCCUGUGACUUAAAAAAAAAAAAAAAAAAAAAAAAGAUAAUAUUUUAAUAUGAACCAGUGGCCAAAAAGCAUAAUAAAGUGUGCUGAAAACAAGCUAGAAAGGUUUGUCCAUUUUUAUGUAAAAUUAGCACAUCUUUGAACAUGUGUAAUAAUGCAUUUCUAGUCUGUACAACCCAUGAAAGGCUAAAUGGAGAUGGACGUGUGCAGCUUUGGAAAUGGUAUA